AUGUUGUUGCAGUAUGUACGCUACACCGACGACCAGCAGAUUCCCGCGCUCUUUGGAUAUCCAGUCUUGAGUGAAGUGGCCACCGGAAAGCUAGAGCACCUGGACGUGAGUGAAGCUUUGAAGAUCGAGGGUGUGGUGGACGUGGCCGUGUGGGCGCGGCGUAGCUUCGCGGCGUUCGGAAGACGCGUGUGGGCGCGAAGCGGGAGCGGGGGCAGGUACCAGGUUGAGAUUGGCGAGACGCUCGGUGAUUGGCGAGUUCUGACAGGUCAACAGCUGGCGCUGGUGGUGGCGGAUUCCUAUCGCACGGCCAAGCGAGGCGCUGGCGCGGUGCAGGUGAAGAUCGCCAACGCCAACGAAGACGCGAUCAUUACUCUCGACCAAGCGAUCGCUGCGGAGUCCUACCUGGACAGCGCGCACUUCCGCAAUACCGUGGACAAGGGCGAUUUGGAGGAAGGCUUCAAGGCCAGUGACCUCGUCUUUGAGGGGACUACCUACGUCAUCGGACAGCAUGCCUUCCCUUUGGAGAAGCAAACUGCGCUGGCCGUGCCCGAAGAGAAGAAGGGCAUGACGGUCUGGCACUCCACGCAGGGCCACGACUUCACACGAGCCAAGCUCGCGGGAGUCCUGGGUGUCCCUGGCUCCUCCGUGGUGUGCAAGCAAAGCCGCGCGGGCGGCGCCUUUGGUCCCAAGAACAGCCGCCAGGUGCCGACGGCCGCCAUGGCAGCGGUGGCCGCGCACAAGCUAGACAAGGCAGUGCGUGUGGCUUAUGAAGCUACCCUGGAGCAGUUAGCGGUCGGCGGCCGACACAGCUUCAAGACGCAGUACAAGGUUGGUGUGAACAAGGACGGCAAGAUCCAAGCGUGCAACGUGGAAUCCUGGUGCAACGGCGGAUGCACCCACGACUUCACAGGAUUCUUGAACUUGGAGAUGGGGGAGGCGAUCCCUUCCGUGUACUGGUGGCCCAACAUGAAGAUCAAUGUGCACGCGAUGAAGACCAACCUCCCCAGCAACACCGCGGUGCGCUCCUUUGGAAGUCCUCAAGGCAACUUCGUGUGCGAGGCCAUCAUUGAGGACGUUGCUGGCAGGUUGGGAAAGCCUGUGGAGGAAAUUCGAGAGAUCAAUAUGUGCACCCGAGAGAAUGCGGUGACGCCUUGGGGGCAGCCCAUGGAGUACUACAACGCAGACAUGCUUUGGAAGAAGCUGAAGCAGGAUGCUUCCUUUGUGGAGCGCGAGAAGCAGUGCGAGGCCUUCAAUGCCCAGCACCGUUGGCGCAAGCGCGGCAUCAGCGCAGUGCCCUUGGCCUACGGCCACUGCUAUGCCUAUGCCGCCGGCACCGGAGCGUUGGUGAACAUUCAUGGCGACGACGGCUCAGUGACGGUGCAUCACGGCGGCUGCGAGAUCGGACAAGGCAUCCACACGAAGGUGGCGCAGGUCGUGGCCGUCUCCUUGGGCUGCCCAUUGGACCUGAUCCGCGUGGCCGACACCAACACCGAGGUCGUGCCCAAUGCGCGCUUCACCGGCGGUUCCAUCACCACGGAGGUGGUGUGCGAAGCAGCGCGCCAGGCCUGUAAACAACUUCUGGAAACCUUGCGCCCUCACCGAGAGUUCUUGGUGAAGCGCGACAGCAAGGAGCCCAGUUGGCCAGAGCUGGUCGCCGCAGCCAACGCGGUUCUGGGGCAUCAGGAGAAGUUAUCAGCCACAGGCAUCUUCUCGCCAGCUGGGAACAAGUACACGACGGAUGUGGAGGGCAACGCGCUGGGAACCUACCACGGUGACUACUUCACCUACGGUGCUGGCAUUUCAGAGGUUGAGUUGGAUGUGCUCACAGGAGAGAUCAGGCCCUUGCGCUCGGACAUCCUCUACGACGUGGGGCAAUCGAUCAAUCCGGGUAUUGAGAUUGGACAGCUGGAGGGAGCCUUCGUGUAUGGCAUUGGCUAUUAUUUGUAUGAGGAGCCCUUGAGGGACGCGCGCGGUGUGGAGCGCUCCCAAGGGGUGUGGGCUUACAAGCCGCCGAUGGCACCAGAGGUGCCGAUUGAGUUCAAAGUGGAGUUGCUGCGAGACAACCCCUUCCCCAAGGGCGUCUUGGGGUCCAAGGCCAUCGGAGAACCACCUUUCAUGUUAGCAUACAGUGUCCUGGGCGCAGCGAAGAAGGCCAUUGCGUCGGUGCGGAAGGAGAAUGGUCUGCCAGAGCAUUUCCAGAUGCCCAUGCCCUGCACGGUGGAUGCCAUCCAGAAGGCCUGUCUCUUAGGGUCGGCUCCGGUCGCGUCGGGUUGGGUGGAGGCGAAAGCGAGGAGCGGAGCGGUUGAUGAUGCGAGGUGGAGGGCCUUGGGUUUGGAGUUGAGGUUGGGGGGAGUGUUUUUGGUUGGAAGGCGAGAGAGAAGUUGUAAAGCGGACGGCCAGAUGUCCUGGGACACAUCGCAACAAUCACAGGUCACACAGGACGUGACCGGUGCGUAG